AUGAACACGGAAAUUAUCAAGCAGCACAGCUCGAUUGGUGGACACUACUUUGGCCAGUCAUACGAUGAGGCACUGAAGGCAGCUCGCCAAGAACUACUGGAAGACAUCAUUCCAGCAGGCCUCGAAAAGAAGGAUUGGUGGGGUUCAUUGCCGGUGAAAUAUCUCGCCUUUGGAAAAGGACGGCCGGAGAGGAUAUAUCGUUAUAAAAAGGCCACCACUUUCGAUCGACUACUGGAAGUCCUCGAUAAAUGGACUGCAUAUCGAAGCUGGAAGCACAAGUUACUAGCGGAGGAAAAUCGUCACGUAUGGCCUCCCGUCAGCGAGGCAAAUAUGACAAGGUGGCGCGAAAUGAUGGAGUUCUGGAGCGCCAUGGACAGCACCUUAAUGAAGAUUGACGCUGGUAAUCAGAUUUUCAUCACAUCUGGGUCUAAAAUAGUCGAUGGGAAGUUGUACAUUGAAGCC